AUGAAAGAAAUCUUGACCAAAAAGAGAUCUAUUAGUGAGGUAGAGACAGUUGAUUUUACUGAAGAAUGUAGUGCUAUAUUACAGAAUAAAUCUCCACCUAAACUAAAAAAUCCGAGUAGCUUUUCUAUUCCUUGUCACAUUGGUAAUCUGAUUAUUAAUAAAGCUACCAAUAUUACUCUACAAAUGGCCGAUCGUUCCGUUAAAUACCCUUUAGGUGUUUUAGAGGAUGUUCCUGUUAGGGUAGGUAAAUUUUAUAUGCCUGUUGACUUUGUUAUUCUUGAUAUGAAGGAAGAUUUGCAAAUUUCGAUUAUUUUGGGUACACCAUUCCUUCAUACUGCAGGGGCAAUAAUAGAUGUGAAAAGUGACAAACUUACAUUAUGUGUAGGGGAUGACAAUAUUACUUUUAAAUUAAAUAAUUUCCCUAAAAGCCCCAUGUUAGAGGAAAAGUGCUUUAGUAUUGGUGUGGUUGAUGUAAAUAAUAUUUCUAAUAAGCCCCAAGCUCUCGUUAGAGACCCCUUGGAGCCUGUGUCUCUUGUUGCAUCUUCCACAGGAAAAACUGUGUAG